AUGGGUGACGCUAAUUUUGACUACAGUGUCUCUUUCCGCCAGGACUUAACUUCUCCGCUUACCGUCGAGCUAACGUGCACCAACGUCGUCCACAAAAAAAUCCGUCUCUUCACCGGCGAAACAAAAACACUCUCUCUACCCGAACAAACCAUCGACCACCACACCAGCUUUAUUCCCCUGAACGUAUCCACCCCCUCCACAAACACUCAAAACGACCUCCUUUUCGACAUCUUUCGUAGUCCCGACCAAACCACUGUUAUCUCCAGACCAAGCAAGACUAGUAGUAAUUAUUCGCUAAGUUGCGUGAGAAUCUCCAAAAUCUUGAGCAGCUUCGGCGUCACCGAAAACGGCUGCUCUACUAUCUUGCGCGAGAUCGACAUGGCCAUUACAUCAUCAUCAUCAUCAUCGAGAGGCAGAGGAGUGGUUGAAAUCAAGAUAUGGAAGAUCAAGACUGAGUUUUACAAAGCCAACAAAGCUGCGGAGAACUUGUUGAUCGACAGCUACUGUUAUAAUUACUUGAACGUUGCAACAACGGAGGAGAAUGGAUGCGCUAUUUGCAUGGAAGAUUACAUAGAAGGAUCAUCAAUAGUGGCUAAAUUGCCUUGUGAUCAUGAAUUCCAUGGAGAUUGCAUCAACAAGUGGUUGCAACUCAAUCAUAUGUGUCCCUUGUGUCGAUCAUCAAUUCCUAAGGAUGUUAAAUCCGGGUAUCAGUCCUGUUUAGAUUCAAUUUUUAGGUGUUUUGGAUUCUGA